AUGGCUCCAAAGAGAACCUACUGCACAGGUUAUAAUGGCCUCACUUGGGACGUGAAAGCAAACAACCGUCACUUCCACAGAGAGAAGCAGAAGAAGUCUUUUUUGUGCUUCACAUGGGGGCGUUACGCUGACAAUGUGACCCGCAGCUACAAGUACACCGUCCUGACUUUCUUGCCUCUGACGCUGUUUGAGCAGUUCCAGAGAGUGGCCAACCUCUACUUCCUCCUCAUGGUUGUGCUGCAGUGUGUUCCUGCCAUCUCCUCUGUGCCCUGGUACAUCAGUUUCAUCCCAUUGGUGUCUGUGCUGUCUGUGAGAGCCAUAAAAGACCUUGCCAAUGAUAUGACAAGGAGACGGAGCGACUCUGCCAUCAACUCUCGACCCUGUGACAUACUCAUUUCUCAGAGGUUUGAAACACUGCAGUGGCAGGACAUAUGUGUGGGAGAUAUUCUUCGCAUCCAUAAAGACCAAGUCAUUCCUGCGGACCUUCUUUUAUUGUGUAGCUCAGAGCCUCACAGUCUAAGUUAUGUAGAGACUGCAGAUAUAGAUGGUGAGACCAACCUCAAAUACAAACAGGCCCCAGGCGUAACACACAAUGAGCUGACCAGUACACCCUCAGAGGAGAGCCUCUCUGCUUUUGAUGGCACAGUGCUGUGUGAAGAGCCCAAUAAUCGGCUGUACACUUUCAGAGGGCAGCUGCACUGGAGAGGACAGCGCAUUCUGCUGGACAGCGAUCAUAUACUUCUGAGGGGCACCGUCCUACGCAACACAGAGUGUGCCUAUGGCAUUGCGAUAUACACUGGCACUGACACCAAGAUCCUGAAGAACUGUGGAAAACUGCGGGUGAAGAAGACUCGGACUGAAAAAGUGUUAAAUAAAGCUGUCAUUGGGAUUGUACUGACUGUACUUACAUCUGCGCUGCUCCUGUCCAUUGGUGGUGGACUGUUUGCAAGUCAGGUGAUGGAGCAAACAGAAGUGCUUGCCGCCCUGGUGGUUGAUGGGAAUCCUGCAUACUCGGGAUUCCUUGUGUAUUGGAGCUACAUCAUUCUCCUCAGUCCUGCCAUGCCCAUCGCUCUCUAUAUCACGUUUGAGAUGAUUCACACAGUCCAUAGCCUUUUCAUUCGAUGGGACCUUAACAUGUAUUGGGAAAAAUUGGACAAAUGUGCUGAGGCGAGGAAUACUUCUCUGAAUGAGGAGCUUGGUCAAGUGGAGUACCUCCUGAGUGACAAAACAGGAACCCUGACCCAGAACGUUCUGCUCUUCAGACAGUGCUGCAUCGCUGGAGAGGUCUAUGGGGAUGUGUCUGUUAGCGCUGAAGAUACAAAGCCCAUGGACUUAAGCUGGAACCCGUACUCGUGUGGGGGGCUCUUCAUGUCCGCUCCAGAACUUGUGCAGAAACUGAGAGGACAGCAGUGUGGCUUCAGCAGGGAGUUCUUCAGGGCACUGUCAUUAUGCCACACUGCCAUGGCUCAAUACAAGAAUGGAGCCCCUGUGUACCAAGCUGCUUCCCCAGAUGAAGAAGCUCUUGUUGGGGCAGCCCGGGAGUUAGGUUGGGCCUUUAUUUCCAGGACUAGAGACUUCAUCAUUAUCUCAGAGCUUGGUGUGCAAAGGCAGUAUCAGCUGUUGGCACUGCUAGACUUUACCAGCAAGAGAAGGCGCAUGUCUGUGCUUGUGCGGGAGCCAGAGGGUGGGUUAAAGCUUUACAGCAAGGGAGCAGACAUAGUGAUCCUGGAGAGAUUGCAGAAGGACUGUCCACACCAGGAACGGACUGAAAUAGCCCUGGAGGUGUUUUCAGAGUCGUGUUUAAGGACGUUAUGUGUAGCAGUUCGGUCAGUUUCUGAAGAGGUAUGGGAAAAGUGGAGUAAAAGUCUGUCCCAGGCAUCCGAAAUGAUCCUGUCUGAGCGCGAGGUCGUCCUUGACCAACUGUAUGAUGAAAUGGAAAGAGACCUGCUGCUUCUGGGAUUAACCGCCAUUGAAGACCGGCUUCAGGAGGGUGUUCCAGAGACCAUUGCUAUGCUUCAACAGGCUGGACUUAAAGUAUGGGUCCUGACUGGGGACAAAAAAGAAACUGCAGUAAAUAUUGGAUAUGCUUGUAAGUUACUGGAUGCUGAUACAAGAUUACUGGAAUGGCAUGAACUGAGACAGAUCCUGCAGUCCCCAGACCCACAGGUUUCCUUCAGCAAGGCCAGACAGACAGAGCUGUGGGCUGUAGACAAAGAGAUGGCUGGAACAAAAACUGCUGUGGUGCUCACUGGACCCGAGCUGGCAGAGUUUGUACAGAAACCUGAGUGGGGGGCUGCUUUGAUGAAGUUGGCGUCACAGUGCCAGUCUGUUCUCUGCUGCCGUGUGACACCAGGACAGAAGGCGGACAUAGUUAAACUAGUGCGGAAACACACAAAGUCCAUCACUUUGUCCAUCGGGGAUGGAGCCAAUGAUGUAAACAUGAUUAAAACGGCUCAUGUUGGUGUGGGACUGGUCGGGGUGGAGGGGGGCCAGGCUGUGCAGAAUGCAGACUUCUCUCUGUGCCAGUUCAGAUUUCUGCAGAGGCUGCUGCUGGUCCAUGGACAUUGGUCUUAUCUUCGGAUCUCAGUCUUCCUGCGAUACUUCCUGUUUAAAACGUGCAGCUUUGCCCUUGUUCACAUAUGGUUUGGCCUGUUCAAUGGAUUCAGUUCUCAGUCUUUGUAUGAGACUUGGUUCAUUGCAUUUUACACAGUUUUCUACACAUCAAAUCCAAUUCUGUGUGUAGCUUUUUUUGAGAAGGAUGCAAAUGCAGAGGACUGUUUGAAAUAUCCGGAGCUGUACUUGUCUGGACAGAAAAAUGAAUUGUCCAGCCCUGUUAUGAUGUUGAUGAGCCUGCUGUAUGCUGUCUACUCAUCACUCAUUCUCUUCUUCAUCCCGUGUGGCGUCUUCUUCAACACACCAUUCGACUUCCAAACUAUGUCUGUCACCGUUGCUAUGGCAGCGACAUUUGCAGCCACCAUAGAGAUCUCGCUUCAGACCAAACACUGGACCAAGUUUAACAUCGCCUCUGUGUGUGUGUCGGUGAUUAUGUACUUCCUCUGCACCAAAAUCACCCACAGCGAACGACUGUUUAAGAGAGCACAAAAAGACUACUACUUCAUUGGAGCAGCUGAUAAGGCCUUCAUUGAUCCGGUGGUGUGGCUCACAGCGCUGCUUACUGCCUGGACAGCUGUUUUGCCCUCGGUCACAAUCCAUGCUUUCAAUGUCAUUCGCAAAGGCAACGACAAACACAAGGUGCAUAGCAUCUCUCCCAAGGCCGUGGAGCUGAAGUCGCAGUUGGGGUCGCAGACAUCUCUUCGGCGUUCGUCAUUCAUUCGGCGUAGAGCCAUGACAGCCAAUGAAUUCACUGUUACCCCUAGAGGGAGCUUUCCGAGCACAGUGCCACCAGUGGACCAGAAGGUGACUGCAACCAAACCCACCACAGCCUCUGACGCCUAUUCUUUUCUAUGAAGCACUACAUUGUUGCCAAAAGUGGGAAAAUGAAACAGAGCCUAACUUGAUUUUACAGACAAUGGGAGUGUCAUAUUGCCUGCUCUAGCCUAUUUUUAUAUU